GUCGUGGUGUACAUCGGGACUGUUUUUACAGGGCGAUUAUUUUUUAAGCCUGCGGCUCCUCGUACGUGUACGAGGCCGUGUAUGUGCGUUCGAGUAAUGAAAGCACAGGAGGAUGUGGGGAGUUCAAUAACAUGCACUAGUUGAAACUAUUGAUUGCUAGACUAUCCUCAUUUUUGUUUUCAUCGACUUGCGAUUUUUAGUCUGGGACAAAAGAAGCAUGUAGCGAUAUCCUAGCUCUGGCUGGGCUUGAGUUGCCUCCUUGGGUGCCAUCCGCUCUUUUUAUCAUUGGCCUCUUGGGUUCUGGCGGGAGGGCUUACAUGGGUCUUCGUUGCGUUUUAAUACGGAGUUUGCGAACAUCGGAAUUCGAUUUGAUUUCGAUCUUUUUUAUCCACCCGAGCGCCGAAGACCGCGGGAUCUUUUAGGAAUUUGAUCUUUCGCUUUAUCGAAUUGCCCUCAAAGACCGCAGAAAAGAUCGAAUUCCAUCUUGCUUGCAUCUAUCUUUUUGGGAACAGUUUCUGGUUGGCCUGUACUUCCCGAGAUACUCCCGACGUUGUCCGGACACAUGCCGCACCAGCCCGUGAGGCUAGCUAUGCACCCACACCUCGGCCGUGAUACACACUACCAUGGCGAGCCAGCUACAGUACCGCAAGACAGUUAGACAGUCGUCACUGCACGCCAGACCCGGUGCAAUGCAUGCUGCCGAUAUGGUGCAUUUGCGCCCUUUGAACCGCAGCAUACCGUUCUACAUGCUCUUCUUGAGUGACACACCAAGUCGGCGUGACGAGGAUGACGGCGAUGCUGCGAGCGGCAUAGAUCUUAGGAGUGCUGCACAGGUGGAGGCGGAGGUGACGGGGUUAGGGAUGCUUCAAGCGGCGUGGGAGCGUGAAGAGCUGCUGUGCGUGCGUCCUGUGGACCGUGCUCCGGUGAUACGUCUGUCGCGGACGAUCGACUCCGUUGAUGACUGCGACGCGUAUCACUAAACCGCGGGGCAGCGGUAGUAGGAGGAGGAGGUCCUUGGCCUUCGUGCUGUGUGUUCACCGAAACUCUGGCGAGGGGAGCGGCCCUCGCCGGAGGACUCGUGUUGCCAUGAACACCCGGCAACUGAACCGGGCCAGCCUUCUCAUGAGUACGUUGACCUCCAUCGUUCUCCAUGAUUGUUUAACAGCGGUUGUGAGUGUAAUGUGGUGGUAGCCUUGCGGUGGGGGUGGAGGCGGA